AGCACCGCUCCUCAGCAGCUUUCCAGUUUUUCUCCCUUGCCCACCCACUAACCAUAAACCAACAAACUCUAUCUUUCUUUCUUCUCGGAUCGAAACGACAACGCUAAACUUAUAAUACGACAUUCCUUCUCCUCUUCCUUUUGGUGGCUCGAUCAUGGCUCGUUUCAAUCUUCGGCGAAAGCUUCAGCGUCGCAUUUCGAUCCUCAAACGCUGCAUUCUCCGAGUAUGGAAUCAUAUCCUCACGUGUUCGUUAGGCAAGCCUAGUCAUAAUUAUCGAAUGGUACCGCCUCAGUCCUUGCCUGUCUCCACCUUGCCGGAGAUCGCUUCCAGUGGAUAUGUAUCGGGGAUCGUCACUCCGUCUGCUCAUCCUCCGAUGAAGAUGGCGGCGGCGGCGGCGAUGUAUCAUGACCAGCGUGAUAUUGACAGUAUUAAUAACAAGGAUUCGGAUUUGGUUGCUUUGAAGAUCAGUCUGCUGGGAGAUUGCCAGAUUGGGAAAACAAGUUUCCUGGCUAAGUACGUGGGGAAUGAGACACAAGACGGAAGAAUUCUGAAAGAUGGAAUGAAUAUGAUGGACAAGACAUUACUGGUUAAAGGUGCUCGGAUUUCUUAUAGUCUCUGGGAAGUCGAUGGUGAUGAAGGAUCUAGCCAGCAAAUUCCUCUGGCUUGCAAGGAUUCUGUAGCAAUUUUAAUCAUGUUUGAUCUCACAAGUCGGCUCACAUUAAAUGGUAUCAUAAAGUGGUACCAAGAGGCAAGGAAAUGGAACCAGACUGCAAUUCCAAUUGUAAUAGGAACCAAAUUUGAUGACUUCAUUCAACUUCCUAUAGAUCUGCAAUGGACAAUUGCAAGCGAGGCAAGAGCAUAUGCCAAGGCCCUGAAUGCAACACUCUUCUUUUCAAGUGCAGCAUACAACAUUAAUGUAAACAAGAUCUUCAAAUUCAUAACAGCAAAGCUGUUUGACCUGCCAUGGACACCUGCAAGAAAUCUCACAAUUGGAGAGCCUAUUAUUGAUUUCUGAAGAUGAAGGCUUGCUACAUAGCAUAAAUAGCAGAAUAGAAAAUGCCUCUCUUGCACCAUCUUUUUUUAAGUUCAGCAAUGUAGAUCACAGGUCAACCGCUCACUUGGAUUCUUGUUUUUCUAUUAGUCCAGUGAGUUGCGAGUUGCUUCUUUUGUAAUUAUGAUUAGAGACCGAGGAAGAGAGGAGAGUUUCCUCAUCUCCGUGUCUGAAUGAAUAACCUUUCUUUA